AUGAUACAUUUGGUGCAAAAUGGCACUGGUUUCGAUACGAAUGUCAAGGUAGGGCAAUUGCUAGAUAGUAUACUUCAAAAUAAGGUUUCCGUUUUUAUAUCAAUUUUUAAAAUAAGUUAGGGUUAGGUUAAGGUUUAGGUUAGGGUUAGGUUAAGGUUAAGGUUAGGGUGAGGGAUAGUAUUAGGGUUAGGGUUUAGUUUUGAGUUAGGAUAGUUUUUUCUACCUUAUAAAAACGGAAACCUUAUUUUGAAGUAUAAUAUCUAGCGAUCACCAACAAGGUAGAGGUAGUAUCCAUUGUCAUGGUACUGCUAAACUAAAUAAUGACCCAGGUUUGUGUCAACUUACUCAGACUGCUUUGAAAGGAUUCUUAGCUCAAAAAUUUAAAGAUGAAAAUGAUUGUUCUGAUACAACUGAACUAGACCAGUAUAUUGAAGCUGGUAAGAAAGCAGCUGACACAGUAUGUCAGUAUGUUGAUUGGUUAUUAUCAACCGUCAAUCCUAAUCCACCAGAUGAGGACAUGUGGAUACGACCUGAGGUCCAUCCAUGUCAAAGAAGUCAUGAUGACAUUCCUGAACAUGAAAAACAAUCAGAUUAUGUAGAUCUAUUAAACAUGGUUCAACGACACACUCGUUGUAGUACAAGUUAUUGUCUUAGAAAGAAAUCAAAUGAAACAGAGUUGAAAUGUAGAUUUCAUUUCCCUUUUGAUAUUUGUCCUAAGACAAAAUUAGAAUUUGAAAAAGUUCACACUUCUGGUGAUAAUGAGCAUUAUCAAGCAAAGAUUGUGACUAAACGAAAUGACUCUAGGUUAAAUAACCAUCAACAACUUCAGCUCCAAGGAUGGAGAGCUAACUGUGAUAUUCAA